CAGUGCCGAUGUCUGAUGCUGUCCUCUUACAUAGCUCCACGUUAAUGUCCUACAUGGCAUUUGUACUUUUGUAAAUGUGUGCUUAAUUAUAGACGAUUGCGAUCUGAACUUCAUUUAGUUAUCGUUAUGUAGCCAUGUAUUUCUGAUAUUUCUCUGGAGUACUAGCUCUAUUGCUGCACUGACUGGCUCAAUGGAGGGUAUUUGAAGGUUGUCAACUUGAUGUAUUUUACAAUGCGGUUGGAUAUGAGCACCAUAGAACAACACUGACUUAUUCCGGGACUAUAAAAAUGGCACUUCCAUGGCAAGGUUUAUUCAUUGUAGCCAUUGGAUCAGUGUUAAUGAGUAUUUCUACAGUAACCGGACUAGAUGAAACGAUCCUUUUGAAGCUUGGUGUUGUAAGUGGGCCGUGUGAAGGUUCCUGUGACAAUGAGACGACCAUCAAGAGCGUGUCAGGAAUAAGUAACAUCAUAUCAGCCAAGGUUACCUGGGCAUACGUUGACGUAUCAGAAACUUACCUCGUCUUAACUACCGUGAAGGAUAUGCGUGACAAUGAUAUUGACAUGGUUUUGCUGUUGGCGGAUGUCGACUAUAAACUUAACUUCUCAUUGCUGCCAUACAACAAUACUCCGAUUCUGCAGUGGGUUGCUCCAAACAAUACCGAAGAAAACGAAAGCGACAACGUUUCCCUCGAUCAUUGCGGUUCGAGUUCAACAUACAAAUCUCUGAACAGGAGACAUGACACUAUUGACAUGUGUCGAGGAGACAAACAGCCUGAUGUUCAGUAUAACAAUGAAAACGUCCGUCACCAGUACCGCGCAACCGGAAAUGCUUUGGUGGACAUUGUUGCAUCGCUCGCAGCUCAUCUGAUGUGGACAUCGACGUUCGUGCUAACGGACAAAGGGGCACAUCUAGAUGAUCUUGUGCACGGUCUGUCUGCGGCUGGUGUGUCGAUUGUUGACGGUAUGAUACCAGAUAUCCAGUCCCCUCAGUUUGAACAAGAAUUCCUGUCUAUGAUGGAUUAUGCCAUACGAGAAAUGCCAAAUAUUACUUUAGUAUGUAGCAUGGAAUGUGUCAGAACUAUAUUAAAAAGGCCUUUUUCUAUAGCACGCUUGGAAGUCCACCGCUACGCUAUGAGACACAUGACUCGGUGGUUGAUCGUUACGUUUGGUGACCAUACUGCAUCCGAUCAGUUAACUAAUCUAGGUACAAACCUGGACAACGUAGUGGUCAUUGUCGUACCGGACAGUAUAGUCAAGAAGUCUCUUUUCAACGGAGAAAACAUACAGACGUAUAUACAGAGUGUCCUGCGUGACAUUGGGAGCAAGUAUAAUGUGUCUGAAUAUGGAGAAGGAAACAAAACGCUAAAGGCUCUGACAAUGGAGGAAUUCGUUUUGGUAAGCCGUUCCUUCAGUGCUCUUUAG